GAGCUAACUUUGAAAAACCCAAAUAGGGUUUUGCUAUUCAAUACUUGUACUUUCAGAAAAAAAAGGUCCGGUGCGGUUUGAUUUUUGGUGUUGCACAGUGCUAUAUUUCCGUUUCUCCUUCAGGGAUUAAUGGCGGAUCAUGUAAACAUCGAUCCAACAAAUCGGAAUGUUAUUGUCUUUAACAAAGACAAGUGUAUAAGCUAUUGUUUAAAUGAGGUGGGGCCCAUUGUGAAUGGGUUGAUUCAGUUGAAGGAUCGAGAAGUUAAUGCUGAAAUGAUUAAGAAACUGAAUAUUCUGGAGGAGGAGGCGAAAAAGACUAGAGUGCAACUUUUAGAAAAGGACACUCAAAUUAAAGCCAAGGAUACUUUGCUCUUUGAAAUGGUCGAGAUCAAUAAGCAACAACUUAAUACAAUAAAUAAUCUAUCGGCACAAGUGGAAGAAAAAAAUCUUCAAAUAAUUAUAUGCAAACAGCAAGAAAAGGACCUGCCAUACUUGAGUCCAUAUAUAGAUCGUGUUGACCAGAUGUAAAUCAAAAAUCUAACAGCAUUCCAAGUCUCAUACAUAUCGCCUUCACCGGAUUGGAUAGUGAUUCAGACACGCAUAGAUGGAAGUGUGGACUUUGAUCGGGAUUGGAUUGACUACAAGAAUUGAUUUGGUGAUAUAAAUGGAAAUUUUUUCAUUGGUCUUGAGAAACUGCAUCUAUUGACCCAAUCGAGGCAAUAUGAGUUAUAUAUUCAAAUGCGAGAUGUUACUGGAACAACUAAAUAUGCUCGCUAUGAUAAUUUUAAUGUGGCUGGUGAAAAGGACUAUUAUAAAAUUGUUUCGGUUGGAAAGUAUUCAGGAACUGCCGGCGAUUCUUUAACGCAGCAUGUUGGCGAUCUGUUUUCAACCAGAGAUCAGGAUAAUGAAUAUCACACUUUUAAUUGUGCACGUAAUAAGCGUGGUGGAUGGUGGUACCAUGAUUGUAACCAUAGUAAAUUAAGCGGAUUGUAUCAUGCUGACGGGUUUAGUGCUAACCAAACUGGAAUAGCUUGGGGAUCUUGGAGUAAUUGGAACUACACAAUAUCAUUAACGUUUGCUCAAAUGAUGAUACGACCGGCACAAACAUAAAGUGAAUUAAUUGGAAAAAUCGCAGAUCACAUUUGUUGUUAAAAAACUUGCAAGAAUUUCAAUAGAAAUAUAAUAAA